UGGUCGAUAAGGGUACGGACGUUAAUAUUCGGGGCGGCCGGUACGGCCACGUUUUCCAAACCGCUUUAUUACGAAAUUAUAAAAAGAUUAUAUAAAUUUUGGUCGAUAGGGGUACGGACGUUAAUAUUUAGGGCGGUUUAUACGGUAACGUUUUUUAAAUCGCUUUAUUAA